GAAUUCUCAUAUUUUCAGAUUACCUGUAUUCUGAGGGUCUUCAAGAGACGUAUGAUGUAUUCUUACAGGAGAGCCCCCAUCUGGAAGAGAUGAGAAACUUCCCUGCCAUGGGUAUACUGCCUCUUGGAGCAAAGAGUUUACAAGUGAUCGUUGAAGAGUAUUAUGAAUUGAUGUCCCAAGAUACAAGUAAAGUGAAGAAUGCCAAUGAUUCCCUUUACAAGCUUUGGAAGAGAUUUGAUUCUCUUCUGGUACAGAUCAAACAUCACUACAAAGGAAGUGGGAACAUCACAAUGCUGUCAAGUGAACUUGCAAGUCAGUCAGUGAGAAGUCGCUACAGCCUCAAUCGGCUCCAUCAUGAACGCAUGCAACUUGAGCGGGAAAACGCCCUACGCCAUGUGAAUACCGGUGGUCCUGUACCACAGCAGCAUCUACAAAGCCUCCAGCAACAACAGCCGCAACUCCACCCCUUUCUGCAAACAAAGCAAAAACGUGAGCCAAGCAACUCUCCUUUCCGUCGGCCAUUCCGUCAUGAUAUUGAGCCGGACACCCAGCCGCAGAUGGUGCAUUCGCCUUUCCCGGACAAUGGAGGGGGCCGUGAGGGGUCAAGCAGGUGUUCCACGCCCCGGUCAAGGUCACCAAUGGUGCAGGAGGCGCUGUCCACUUCUCCUUCACAGAGCGUCACAAGUACCCAAUCCCAGUUUGUGACCCCUACUAAAACACAACAGGAUGGCAGACAUGUGGGAGGUGAGAAGGUCGUUGGAAAGUCACCAAAGAGGAAAAGUGCACCACCCAGACGCAAGGCCCACACAAGAGCUCCCCUGGAGAGGGUUAUCACUAGCGCCCCUUCUACCAGUGGAGGGGUAACCCCUGGGGAGGAAAUACCGGAUCUCCCGUCCCCCUGGGGGUCACUCUGUAAUAAUCAGGAGCUUGUUGAGAAGCUGGCGGAGAACAUCAACAAGGUCUUACCAAUACAAGAAGUGAACUGUCAAGAGGAAUCCCCCGGUCACUCCGUAGCUCCAGACCAGGCCAACAUCAGCCAAGGAUCAGAGGAAAGUCAACAGUCUGGAAGCAACAGCCAGGUCCUGGACGACCUCCUUAGCGGGACCGUCUCCGACUCCAUGAUGGACGAGUUUGUUGACAUGACGAGCGGCGAUCCCACCUUCAGCUCUCUCUUUGCGCUCUUCAACACCGACAGGGAUAAGUUCUUGAACAGCGAGAGGAAGAAACUUCAGCUCAGUGCUACUGAGGUGGAUGAUGAUCUUAACUCCUCAAGAGAAUGCAUUGUUGAAUCAUCCGUACAGCAAGUUCCAUCUCUACCUCCAAGUCAGACUAACCAGCAACAGCCUCAACAGUCCUUGAUACCCUCAUCCUCACAGGCAAGUACUGUAACCAUCAUCAGCCAAGGAAGAACUGGAGUCACACAGGCCACUGGGACAUCAACAGGUCAUUCUCCAGAGGUCGUAGGUCAAAGUAACAUUUCCUCCACUGAUCAAGAACAGGUAUUUUUAAGCGAAGAACUUGAGAGACUAUCUUCAAGGGGACAGGACAUGUUUCCCAAUAUGGUGGUAAGAAGUAGUCCGUCAGCAGGAGAUGCUGCAUGCUCAUCAACAGCACCGCCGAGGAUGAACUCUGAAAGUGCAGGUGGUACUGGAGGAAAGUCUUCUAAAGGCAAAUCCUCAAGCAUGACAUUGACUUCACUUCUAGACUAUUAUCCCAAAGGUCAUGUCAGAGCGCUAACAUAUGUCCAGAGCUCCACUCCUACCAAAGAACAAAAAGACAAGUCCCAUAAAACCGAUGUGGCUUCAACAUCACAGGAAACAACUUCAAGAAGGAAAGUGACAAAGAAAGCGUCGCAGUCUCCUCGAAUGCAGCGCCAAAAUGAAACAACACCAUCCAAGAGAUCAGUUCCCCGAAGUGCAGAGAGGCUUUACUCUCCAGAGGAAAAAGCAGUGGCUCGGUUGCUGACCAAAUUACCAACAACUCCUUCAAAAGACAGUUCAGUCACGACACAGUCAGUUGUCAUUGAUGGCAAGAAUGUGGUGGUCUUGAAACACUCAAGAAGAGCAGGUACUGGUCUCCAACCACUGAGUAGCAGUUCUCCAGGAAAGAGAACAGAGAGAAGAAAUAUAGAGCAACUUGCCACCAUUCCUGCAGUUGGUCAGGUCAAUGGUGUACAAUUGAGUGACCUUCCAGGACAGUCGAAAAGUGGACAACCACCUGAGAGUAGCAGAAGUGGGAAGGUGACUACACCAGCCUCUCGACCCUAUGAUGGUGAGCAUCAGCCAAACAUCUCUGAGGAAGAAGUAAAGACAGGAGAUGUUCCUCAGGACAAAGCAACCAAAUCAGCAAAAAAGGGUACCAAACGGGAGAGGAAAGAUGCGGACAAGACAAAAGUUGCCAAGAAGACCAAGCGAAGCAAGUCUAAGACGAACAAAGACCUUGGAUUUCCUGUCAAUCUGGAUGUGGAUAAAUUCCUAUCUCAAAUUAACUAUACCAGCUGACCUCUCAAACAAUGACCAGGGAACGUUUCACAAAGUGACUUUAGGGCCGUCUGCACCAUCCCGAGUUUUCAAAUUAGCGCGCUAUUUCUGAUCCGGCAAAUUAUCCCGAUCUGAAAAAUCUCGAGAUUGUUUGCAGUGGAGACGCAAUUAUCGCGCUUGUUCGUAGGAUUAAUCUUGAGAUUGCAAUCCCAAGUCAACUCGGGUUUAUUUGCAAAAUAGCGCGCUAUUUCACGAAUUAUCCCGCUAAUUUGUAGGUGCAGACGCACUCGAGAUUGGACUCGGGGUAAUUUAUUCAUGACGUCAGUCCAUAAUGCAAUUCGCGUUCCACUUCCGCCUUGGUCAAUACAUAAACACAUCGCGAUCGUACCGAACACGUGCGAAAGUCAACUUUAUACACACGAAUAGACAUUAUCGCGAAUAGCGUUUUUCAAUUCCUACCUGUGUCCUACCAGUGAAUGGAUUUUGGGAGAGACCAGACCGAUGGGGGAGGCGCUCAUAUCGACGAUGGUCAUAGUCAAUAACAGCACUGACAGCAGUGUCGUCUUAUUCCUUCGCAAAAUGUGAGGAAAUAGCAUUUCUUUCCUCCUUCUCUCUCUCUCUCUCUCUCUCUCUCUCUGUCGUAGCCUCCUUCUCCGCCAUCAUAUUUAACGAAGAAUACAUCACUUCUUCACUCGCUGAGCGCGGCUGAGCUGAGAGGAUUGUUGCAUAACACCGGUCGAAUUCGGCGAAAGUGCAAGUGAAAUGAGUACAUUGAUUGCAUAUCGUGGGAAGUUAUUCAAAAGCGCGGGCCGUUGAAACUCCAAUAUCCGAAAGUGCGCAUGCUCGGAAUAUCGGGCCUGUUGCCUCGCUCGAGCAGGAAUUGCUCUUCUUGCGAUGGUGGAGACGGGGUUUCUUGAAUCUCGAGAUUAAUCGCGAAGAAUGCCGAUCGGGCUAAAAUCUCGAGAUUGAGCAAACUCGGGAUGGUGCAGCACCGCCUUUUGCAAUGCAACGUACGAUAUGACUCUUUCAUAAUCCAGUUGUAUGCAGUACUGAACACACCAUAUAUUGUUCAGAAUAUGCUCAGUGGAAAUACACGACUGCUCGUCACCAAUAAAAGUAGGUGUCACUGGCAUACCCAAGGGAAAGGUUAGAAUCCCUUGUCCCCCGGCUUACAGAAUAUUGAUAGCCUUUUUUUGCUUGUCAGAAAUUUUUUCAACGGAAAAGUACUUCCAGAAAUGUCAUCUUUGCCUUUUUUGCCGCUCUUAACAAGGUUUUCCAGGUAUGACACUGGUAACAUUGAAUGCUGUGCCUCAAGGUUGACUUUUAUAAGCAGGGCUAGGUGUCCGGGGUCCGAUUGCCAAAAGAGUUUUAUCAAACGCAACUCUAAAAUUCAAAACAACUUGCUUUUCAACCAAUAAAAUGCGUGUAUUGGGGACUUGCAUUUGAUUUUUUUGUUGCGUUUGAAACCCAAGUCUGUCUGCAACGGGAGAUCUAAAUGCUGUGUUCCUCAUUUUUGUCUCGCCCACCAGAGGUGAAGGCGAGACUAAGGGAUCCAAAUGUCAUCCGUCGUCCAUUGUCUGUCCGUCGUCCGUCUGUCGCAAACAUUAUGACAUGUAAAUUUGCAACAAUAAGUCACUUUUCACCCAAGCUUGGGUUGUAGAGGUACUUAGGAGACCUGCAUGUUAUGGUGCAGUCCCAGGUCACAUGGUAAGGUCAAAGGUCAUUUUGAGGUUAAUGUUAAAAUUUACGUGUAAGACUAUCUUAUGACGCAUAACUCUGCAACCGUAAAUCACUUAAACCAAACUUGGGUUGUAGAUGUACUUAGGAUACCUGCAUGUUAUGAUGCAGUCGGAAGUCACAUGGUAAGGUCAUUUUGAGGUCAACGUUAAAGUUUACAUGCAUUACUCUCUUAUGACAAAUGUUAUUCCAUGAAGCUAUUAAGAGAAGGAGAACCAUCUUCCAAUUUCUCUCUUAAUACUUUGUUAUCGCUUCCUUCGGGCGAAGGAACGAUAUCUAACAUCAAUCGGCGAGCCGCCAGGCGAAAGUUAGAGCCCGCUUACAUAACGCGAUAAGCCCCCUCGUAAAAUCUGAGGUCAGAGAUUUUUUGAAGGACCAUGCGAGGCACCGCCGUAAACGACGUUCUCCCACAUAACUUAUCUCCGAGCUCAGUUUUUGUUCAAAAUUGAAACACGACUUGCAGUUCUUCUGACAUCCAUAUCUCUUCGUACGGAUUCCUGAUGUACGUCUUUUAUGUAUGGUUGAACUUCUGAGAUGAUCCCCUUUGCAUACAUACCAAAUACGUCACAAUCUGAUUUGACUCAACAAAAUUACAAACGGAAGAAGUUGGAGAUUGGUCAUUUUAGGUAUGUCUGUCUUUCUCCCUUAUUUAAAUCUCCAUCUACCCGUUCCUGUUUUAGAAAUUAUAAUAAGGUGAAAGGGUAGACUUUGAGCUCAAUUUUAAUGCAAAAAUCAUUUGUGAGGGUACGAUGGCCUUGAUAAUAUAACGACGAAUCUGCGGGGCAUUUCUCUGGCGAUUGUCGCAUCGUGAAGUACCCUCCGGUGCCCAACGUACUCCUAUUUGUGUAAGUUGAAAGUGAGUGUAAUGAAUGACGGGAGCUCUGAGCUCGCUCAGCUCUGGUCUCUGGAUCGUUUUUUUUUUUAAAUAGCAGGGGCCGCAGAGUGAAUAAAUUUAAUUUACAAACAGUAAAAAAGGAGAACAAAUUACAAAAAAAAUUUAGUCUACAUAAUAAAGAACUUAAAAAUAACAUGUUUGGGACCACGAAGAAGUAUACCCAGUUCUGUGUCAGGACAAUUCAUUUUAAGUUACAAAGUCAUUUGGAAAAAUUUACAAGCGAAGUUCUACAAUUUUUAGCACAAAAAAUGAUUAUCAUUUUAAAAAUAUCAUAGAGAACAAAAUAAAAGAUGAUUACAACUAUUGAAUUCAUAUUUUUAGUUUAAUC